CCGCGCCGCCAUUUGGUGCCCGCCGGCAUGGAGGCGCUGUUCCGGCUGCCCUUCGCCGUUCUCGAGUGCCCCAACAUCAAGCUGAAGCGGCCGGGCUGGGUGCACAUGCCCUCGGCCAUGACGGUGUACGCGCUGGUGGUGGUCUCCUACUUCCUCAUCACCGGAGGGAUCAUCUAUGACGUGAUCGUGGAGCCCCCCAGCGUGGGGUCGAUGACGGACGAGCACGGGCACCAGAGGCCGGUGGCCUUCCUGGCGUACAGAGUAAAUGGACAAUAUAUUAUGGAAGGGCUUGCAUCUAGCUUCCUCUUCACAAUGGGUGGUUUAGGAUUCAUAAUUCUGGAUCGAUCCAAUGCACCAAACAUCCCCAAGCUGAACAGGUUUCUCCUGCUCUUCAUUGGAUUUGUCAGCGUGCUUUUGAGCUUCUUCAUGGCCAGAGUUUUCAUGAGGAUGAAAUUACCGGGUUACUUGAUGGGUUAGUACCUCUUGCAACAUGUGAAAGCCCAAGCUGAAUUUAUUCCUCGUCAUGAAGUGUUUAAGAAGCAGCAAGAAACAAAUUCCAUUGUCACUAUCAACAGGAAAGAGACCUGAACAUGAGAAGCAAGUGAGAAAAGAGUGCUCUCUCUGCAAACAAACUUUCAGUACCAAUGGCUGAUUUAUAAUUUUAAAACAGCAGUUUGUCAUUGCUGUUCUAGAGCUUUUGAAAAAAGAAAGUUAGCUAUUUUUUUUUAAAUCUGACUUGGUGUGAAAUUGAGAACCUGUCCUUAGCCAUACCCUGAAAUGAGAAUUAGCCAUUGGUUUGACAGUUCGUUAUUGCAAGGUCUGGCCCCUCUUCCCUGUGCGGGAGGAUUAUGUGUGUGAAUUGGAGAAGAAACACCUGAAACAUUUCUUUCCAAGUUAAAAUUAGAAAGUAAGUAAGUUCGGAUGCUUUACAGUCUGAAUUAAUGUGUCUGAAAUGAUUUCAGAGACACCUUUUGCCUUGUUGUUAAUGGCUCUAUAUGAGCAAAUCCAUAUGUGCAACGGGAGGGGCAAACCGUAUGAAUGUGCAUUUGUUUUUGAAAAAAUGUAUGAAAAGAACCAAAUAAAACUUGUUUUCUAUAAAUUUG